CCAGGGUCGGAUCGGGUGACGUCGCGAGUUUGCGCCCGGCAGCCAAGCCGGCCUCCAGGCUGAAGAAGGACACGCCCCAGCCCUGACCCGCGCCCCGCCCCUCUGGCCAGGGCGCAGAGCCCCGGCCCUAGCUGCUCGCCCCUACUCGCCGGCACUCGCCCCGCUCGCCCGCUUUCGCACCCAGUUCACGCGCCACAGCUAUGUGUCCCCGAGCCGCGCCGGCGCCCGCGACGCUAUUCCUCGCCGUCGGCGCGCUGCUGUGGUCUGCGGCCGGCGCCUGGGAGCUCACGAUUCUGCACACCAACGACGUGCACAGCCGGCUGGAGCAGACCAGCGAGGACUCCAGCAAGUGCGUCAACGCCAGCCGCUGCAUGGGUGGUGUGGCUCGGCUCUUCACCAAGGUGCAGCAGAUCCGACGCGCCGAACCCAACGUGCUGCUGCUGGACGCCGGCGACCAGUACCAGGGCACCAUCUGGUUCACCGUGUACAAGGGUGCCGAGGUGGCGCACUUCAUGAACGCCCUGCGCUACGAUGCCAUGGCAUUGGGAAAUCAUGAAUUUGAUAAUGGUGUAGAAGGACUGAUUGAGCCACUCCUCAAAGAGGCCAAAUUUCCAAUUCUGAGUGCAAACAUUAAAGCAAAGGGGCCACUAGCAUCUCAAAUAUCAGGACUUUAUUUGCCAUAUAAAGUUCUUCCUGUUGGUGAUGAAGUUGUGGGAAUCGUUGGAUACACUUCCAAAGAAACCCCUUUUCUCUCAAAUCCAGGAACAAAUUUAGUGUUUGAAGAUGAAAUCACUGCAUUACAACCUGAAGUAGAUAAGUUAAAAACUCUAAAUGUGAACAAAAUUAUUGCACUGGGACAUUCGGGUUUUGAAACGGAUAAACUCAUCGCUCAGAAAGUGAGGGGUGUGGACGUCGUGGUGGGAGGACACUCCAACACAUUUCUUUACACAGGCAAUCCACCUUCCAAAGAGGUGCCUGCUGGGAAGUACCCAUUCAUAGUCACUUCUGAUGAUGGGCGGAAGGUUCCUGUAGUCCAGGCCUAUGCUUUUGGCAAAUACCUAGGCUAUCUGAAGAUCGAGUUUGAUGAAAGAGGAAACGUCAUCUCUUCCCAUGGAAAUCCCAUUCUUCUAAAUAGCAGCAUUCCUGAAGAUCCAAGCAUAAAAGCAGACAUUAACAAAUGGAGAAUAAAAUUGGACAAUUAUUCUACCCAGGAAUUGGGGAAAACAAUUGUCUAUCUGGAUGGCUCCUCUCAAUCGUGCCGCUUUAGAGAAUGCAACAUGGGCAACCUGAUUUGUGAUGCUAUGAUUAACAACAAUCUCAGACACGCUGAUGAAAUGUUCUGGAACCAUGUAUCCAUGUGCAUUUUAAAUGGAGGUGGUAUCCGGUCGCCCAUUGAUGAGCGCAACAAUGGCACAAUUACCUGGGAGAACCUGGCUGCUGUAUUGCCCUUUGGAGGUACAUUUGACCUGGUCCAGUUAAAAGGUUCCACCCUGAAGAAGGCCUUUGAGCACAGCGUGCACCGCUAUGGCCAGUCCACUGGAGAGUUCCUGCAGGUGGGCGGAAUCCAUGUGGUAUAUGAUCUUUCCCGAAAACCUGGAGACAGAGUAGUCAAAUUAGAUGUUCUUUGCACCAAGUGUCGAGUGCCCAGUUAUGACCCUCUCAAAAUGGACGAGAUAUAUAAGGUGAUCCUCCCAAACUUCCUGGCCAAUGGUGGAGAUGGAUUCCAGAUGAUAAAAGAUGAAUUAUUAAGACAUGACUCUGGUGAUCAAGAUAUCAAUGUGGUUUCUACAUAUAUCUCAAAAAUGAAAGUAAUUUAUCCAGCAGUUGAAGGUCGGAUCAAGUUUUCCACAGGAAGUCAUUGCCAUGGAAGCUUUUCUUUAAUAUUUCUUUCAUUUUGUGCAGUGAUCUUUGUUUUAUACCAAUAGCCAAAAAUUCUCCUUGCCUUUAAUGUGUGAAACUAUUUUUUCAAGUGAGAUUCAAAUCUGCCUUUUAGGACCUGGCUUUGUGACAGCAAAAACCAUCGUUACAGGCUCCUAGAAGCUGAAGGUUAGAGCAUUAUAAAAUGAACAGACUGACAUGAUUACUCAGGGUCAGCAACCUAGUGAGUUAGAAAAAAAAUUAACAUAGGGCCCUAUAAGGAGAAAGCCAACUAUAUUUAGUUUACAUGUCCAAAUUUUAAUAAAAUUGUACUAACAAUUUUAAACCAUAUUUUUCUUCCUCAUAUCCACUUCUAAUCCAUCAAAAAGCUUAUGUUUACAUAAAAUUUUAUCAUUCACAAGGAGUUUUAAAUACAUUGUCUCAUUUGAUAUCCACAACUUGCUUUUGGUAGGAAAGAGAGAUGUUUUUCCCACCUAUCAGAUGAAAAACCUGAAGCUCAGAAAGGGUUGACUUGCCCACACAGCUAACGCUGACAGAUCCAAGACCUAAACCUAGGUCUUUUGAACUCAAGUCCAGCACUCUCAACUAUAUCAAGUUACUGUUCAGAAUGAUACUUAAUAUCUCCUCUCUUCAUAAUUAUCUAUAGCCCCAAGCUCAUGGAUGACAAAUUUCUGCUUUAUUUCUUGUCUCUAUUUUUUCACUUUUUAGCUCCUGUUAUAAUAGCAAGUUUAAUGAUAUAAACACAGGAUACCAUUCUGUCUUGCAACACCUAUGUGCCUUUGAUGAGUCAGGUAGCAAGCUGUAGUAGAUAAUGAGAAAGGCCAGAGGCUGCAAAAGACAGUCAAAGGACGGAGAGAAAGGAAAGGGAAGAACAAACACCAGGACUGGUUUAUAUUAUAAAAGAGCAAGAGAUAAAGAGCAUUUACACAUGUUAAACAGAUAUUUUGUUAAGCAAAGUGGCCGACACAUGGCAUUAACUGUUAUUUUAUGAGAUUCCAUCAGCUCUGCCUCUGUCCCCUUUCUUCUUCCUAACAUGAAGGUAUCAUGAGAAGAGAACCUUCUAAGAUAAGCUGUAAUUCUAAACCUGUACCUUUCCCUCUCCACAAGAUGCCAGCACUGCACUCAUUCUACUCAUACCACACACAUCCAGUUAUGGAAUGUCCAGAGUUCUCAAAGAACUUUAGGAAGACGCAUACAUUUUUGAAGUCACUCUGCCUCCAAAUCUGAACAGUCACUGUAAAUCAUUCUUAAGUCCAGAUAUGAGAACUCCUCUGAGUGGGUGGUCAGCAAAUACCCAUGCUGAUGAAAUGACUUAGGCCCAAAGAACAAAUACUUAAGAUGGGAGUGGAACAAUAUGAGCCUGCUCAGCUCUGCAUUAAGUAAUUCAAGAAACGGGAGGCUUCACCUUAAAGUGUGCAAAUGGCAGCUAGAGGUUUGGAUAGGGAGUAUGUUUGUUUCUUAGUGUUUACAAAUAUUAAGUACUCUUGAUACAAAACAUACUUUUAAACCUCAUAACCUUUUUAUAAAAGUUGUUGCAGUAAAAUAAUAGCCUCGGUUCUAUGCAUAUAUGGAUUAGCUAUAAAAAAUGUCAGUAAGAUUGUACAAGGAAAAUUAGAGAAAGGUACAUUUAGGGUUUAUUUUUUAUGCUUGGCCAGUAAAAAAAGGUAAAUUUUAUCAGAAUUUUUUAAAGAACUUUUUUUAAGUUCCCUAAAUGUGUGUGUGUAUUGUGCAGUGGUAUAAGAAAUGACUUUGAACCACUUUGCAAUUGUAGAUUCCCGACAAUAAAAUUGAAGAUAUGCUC